AUGGCCGCGACGGCCGCGCGCGAGACCGCGACGGUCGCCGACGUCGCCGAGGCGAAAGAAAGGGCCCUGGCCCUCGAGACGCGCCUCGUCGACGCCGAGGCCGCCGCGGCGAAGCUCGCCGACGAGGCCGCCAACGCCGCGCGCCAGCGCGAGCUCGCCGAGGGCAAGGCGAGCGCGGCCGCCGCGGAGCGCGACGCCACGGACGGCGUCUUGGCGGCUAUGCGCGCGCGCGUCGAGGCCGCGGAGCGCGCCGCCGCCGACGCCGCGAAGCGCGCGACGGACGCCCUCGAGCGCGCGGGCGCCACCGAGGCGGAGCUGCGCAGGAGCCUCGAAGACGCGCGCCGCGACGCGCCGGCGGACGUCGCGGUCGACGGCGCCGUCGCGGACGCCGAGGCCGCGCGGCGGGACCUGGCGGCGACGGUCGCCGCGGCCGCGCCCCUGUCGAAGAUGCGCAAGGCGGACCUCGUCGCCGAGUGCCUGGACCGCGGCCUGGACGUCGAGGGGCUCCGGGUCCCCGAGCUCCGGGUCCAGCUCCGCGCGGCGCGCGCCGCGGCCGCCGCCGCGGAGGCGCCGGCGAACGGCGUCUCGGAGAAGGACGGCGCCUCGGCGCCGGCCGCGGAGGCGGAGGCGAAGCAGACGGAGAAGAAGAACGGCGCCGCGGCGCCGGCCGCGGCCGCGGAGGCGAAGCCGGCGCCGAAGAAGAAGGCGCGUGCCGCUAAGAAGUAG